AUGAUCCAAAAGUGUAAGUAAGGUCUUAGAUAGAUAGAUAUAUUUGGAUAAACUAUUAACCUUAGUUUUAGAUAGGAAGAGUAAUAUAAAACAAGCAUAGGAGGAUUUCUAUCUAUUUGUAUGAUAGCUACAAUCAUCAGCUUCUUUUAUUCAAAUAUUAUCAACUUUUUUGCAAAGCUAAAUGUAACAUCUACAUCAGAAUUCACAUUUGCUAAGGAUCCAGAUAAAUUGGAAUUGGAUAGAAAUCAUUUUAUGUUUGCUGUUUAGAUUGAAUAAGAUAAUUUCACUACUAAUCCUUAUUUCAAUAUCACAGUAGAAUAGCGUCAUUAUCAUCGAUAUCCUAAUGGUACUCAUUAUCGAUACCCAAAUAUUUAUAUUGAUUUAGUACCCUGUACUAUAGACCAUUUUUCACAUCUCUUCGAAUUAUAUAAUGUCAAUUUUACAGAUUAAUUUGAGGAGUAAAAUCUAAAAAAUUUCCUAUGUCCUAAUUUAAACUUUAUUCAUAGUUAGAAUAUGACUGUGGGAGGAGUUUGGGCAAGCACCGAUUAUUAUUUCUUAAAAUUCUCUGUAACUAAAUGCAUAAAUUCAUCAAACAAUAAUUUUACAUGGAAACCAACAUGUAAAACUUAAGAUGAAAUAGAAAGUACAUUAAAUUAUUAAGGGAGCUUUCGAUUUCAAGUGUUUACAACCAACUUUGUAAUUUAUUUAUUAAUUAUUUACUAUUAGUUAAUUAAUCCAAAUAGACCAAAAGAUUUUGUUUAACCAUUUUUAGCAACUGAUUAAUUUUACACAUUUGUACCAGAUAAAAUGUUUGUUUAAUCAGAUAUAUUUUUUCGUACAAAAAAAGUGACUACAGAUUAAGGAAUUCUCAUGUAUCCAGAUAAAUAAAAUGAGACCUUUGCUUUUAGAGAUUAAGGAGAUUAAAGAGAAUAAUUUGAAAUAUCCAGAAUAACUCCAAAUUAUUAUGGAGCAUUCUACUUUUAAAGAAGUCCAUAUUCAUAUUAGAUCAAUAGGAAAUUUUUGCGUUUGGAUGAAUUGUUAAGUUAUUUAGGAGGAUUUACUUAAUUUAUGAUUGUAGUUGUUGGAAUUCUUGUAAGAUUUUAUAAUAGAUAACACCUGAUUGUUUCAAUUGCAAAUGAUCUUUAUGAAUUUGAUAUGAGUUUGAAUAGAGCAAAUACUUAAAUGAAUUUUAAUACUCUAUUAGAAAAGAAGGAGAGGAGGGAAAUAAAAAAACAAAAGACCAAGAAUAAUCAUUAAGGCUUACCUACAAUCUAAGUGAUGUCUCCUUUUUCACAUAAACCUGAUAUGUUACAAAAUACUACUCCAGCAAAAGAUGAUUCAUAGAAGUUUGAAAAUAAAAAAUCUAUAGAAUAUGUAUAACCAACAAUUUAAAGAGUAUAAACAAGAUUAAGUAUUCUCAAAGUGAAAGCCUUUGAAUUUUUUGAUGACUUUAAAGAAUUUAUAAAAAAAAAGUAUAUAAUUGGUCUGGGAUUUCGAGUUAUUUUAAGUUAAAUUGUACCUUUAGAAUCCAUUAAAAAUAACGAUUGUGUAGUACUUUAAAGAGCCAUGUACUAUAUAUAUAGAGUAUCUUAGUGAUUAAGUGAAUAAAGAGUUAGAUAUUGAGUAUAUCAUCAAAUAACUUCAUGAACUCGCAAAAUUAAAGAAGGUUUUGUUUACUGAAGAAUAAAUCACAUUAUUUAAUUUCAGUAGAAAACCUAAAAUUGCAUUAGUAUAAGAAGGAAAGAAAAGAAGAUCUACAAAGUAAAAUAAAUAUAUUGAAUAUAGAUAUAUAGUUAAUGAUUCUGUAACAACAGAAGAAUAGGGAUUACUUAGAUAAUUUAAUGAUUUAGUUACUUCAUAUUUUAAAAUAAUGGGUUAGGAUUCUGAGAAUUAAACUGAAGAAUAAAUAAGAUUUAAUUAGAGACUUAUAAUAUUGUUAGGUAGUGAAUUAAUGAAUGUUUUGGAGAAGGAGAUUUCUCAAUAAUAACAUUUGGAUUCUGAAAAUAAUGAAUGUAAAGAAGAAGAAAACCUUAUAAGUGAUAAGGAAAUAUAAAUUGAAAAGAAAGAUUGA